CAUAAUUUCUAUCACAGAAAAUUUAACUAUCUCAUUACAUUUUUCUCAUACAAACCAUCUUCUUCUACUGUAUUUGAAGUCAGAAAAUUCAACUUAACGAUGGCCGGUGGAGGGUUUUCGGCCUCCGGUGCCGGAGGAAAGGAGUUUGAGGCUAAAAUCACACCUAUUGUUAUCAUUUCUUGUAUUAUGGCUGCCACCGGAGGUCUUAUGUUUGGUUAUGAUAUUGGAGUUUCUGGUGGUGUUACGGCAAUGGAUCCUUUUCUGAAAAAAUUCUUCCCAACGGUUUACAAGAGAACAAAGGAUCAAGGAUUGAACAGUAAUUACUGCAAGUAUGAUAAUCAAGGGCUGCAGCUAUUUACUUCAUCUUUAUAUCUGGCCGGUUUAACGGCGACUUUCUUUGCUUCUUACACGACAAGAAGACUUGGUCGGAGAUUAACCAUGUUGAUCGCCGGUUGUUUUUUCAUUGUCGGAGUAAUACUAAAUGCUGCAGCUCAAGAUUUGGCUAUGCUUAUUAUUGGAAGGAUUCUUCUUGGUUGUGGAGUUGGUUUUGCUAACCAGGCUGUUCCACUGUUCUUAUCAGAGAUAGCACCUACAAGAAUUCGUGGAGGACUUAACAUUUUGUUCCAACUUAACGUAACUAUUGGCAUUCUUUUCGCUAAUCUCGUCAAUUACGGAACAGCCAAAAUAAGUGGAGGAUGGGGAUGGAGACUAUCAUUAGGAUUAGCAGGAUUUCCAGCAUUGCUACUGACCUUGGGUGCAAUAUUUGUGGUAGACACCCCUAACAGUUUGAUAGAACGAGGUCGUUUAGAAGAAGGCAAAAAUGUACUUAGAAAAAUCCGAGGUACUGACAACAUUGAACCUGAAUUUUUGGAGCUUGUUGAGGCCAGCCGUAUUGCUAAAGAAGUCAAACAUCCUUUCAGAAAUCUCCUCCAACGUAGAAAUAGACCUCAAUUGAUCAUCUCUGUUGCCCUACAGAUAUUCCAGCAAUUCACAGGGAUUAAUGCCAUUAUGUUCUACGCACCAGUCUUAUUUUCAACACUAGGAUUCGGAAGCAGCGCAGCCCUUUACUCAGCCGUCAUCACCGGAGCCGUCAACGUUCUCUCCACCGUAGUCUCCAUCUACUCCGUCGACAAACUCGGACGACGAAUCCUUCUCCUCGAAGCCGGCGUCCAAAUGUUAAUAUCCCAAAUUGUAAUCGCCAUAAUCCUCGGCAUAAAAGUCACGGACCAUUCAGACAACCUCAGCCAUGGUUGGGGUAUCUUCGUAGUCGUCAUGGUAUGCACUUACGUGUCCGCUUUUGCAUGGUCAUGGGGUCCAUUAGGAUGGCUAAUUCCUAGUGAAACUUUCCCUUUAGAAACUCGUUCAGCUGGACAAAGUGUUACGGUUUGUGUCAACUUGCUCUUCACCUUUGUUAUGGCACAAGCUUUUCUCUCCAUGCUUUGUCAUUUCAAGUACGGGAUUUUCUUAUUCUUUUCGGGAUGGAUUUUCGUAAUGUCGUUGUUCGUCUUUUUCUUGUUGCCUGAGACGAAGAAUGUACCGAUUGAGGAGAUGACUGAGAGGGUUUGGAAGCAGCAUUGGCUAUGGAAGAGGUACAUGGUGGAUGAUGAUGAUAUUGAUGUUGUUAAGAAGAAUGGACAUGCUAAUGGAUUUGAUCCUUCUGCGCAGUUGUAAAAAGGGAAAUAAGUCAAAGUUAAAAUAUGUUAGCGAGUUUUUCUGAUAAUUAAUACUACAGGAAAUGCAUAGAAAUAAGUCAAUAUAACUAUUUUAGAGGGGGUAAAAGUUUUGAGCCAGCACUUUGAUGUUUCCUGUAAUGUAUGAGGGCUCGAAAUUUGGCAUAACAAUAUCAAAAGUUUGAGUUAUUACUUUCUUGGUGUCCCUGAAAAAAACCAGAAUAUAGUGAUGUUCUGACUGUGAUCAACACCUACAGAGGUCAAUAUUUGGUAUGUCCGACCAAGGAUACGUUAGGUUUUUUGUUCAGAUUGUUGGUUGUGUAAUUUUUCGAUAAAUUCAGUGAGAUUUGCAAAUGGA